GUAGACCCCAAGGCAAACUGGAGAAGGGAAUGUAUUUUAGGCUCAUUUAGGACGGAUUUUCUGGAUUACAGUACAUGUUACUGUAACGACUUGGCGCGAAUCAGGACAACCCACAAAUGCAGCAAGCAGUGAUGGAGGAGGAAGCCGCGUACGAGCCAGCUUACACUUACGAUGAAGUUUUCCCUGCCUUGCCCGAGUCAGCAACUUCGUCCCCGGCCACCAAUCAGCUCGGGCAAUGGAACAAUAAAAUGAGGAUUGGAUCAUCUGUUGUAACUCAGGUAUUCAGAGUACCAUAUGAAGAACGAAAAUUUGAUCACAGUGACAAGUUCGGAGAAGGAGAGUCAUUGAGAACAUGUCUGCAAAUCAUGCGAGACACAGGAGCUCAUAUCGAAAUAUCUUCAUCCAAAGAUCAAUCCUUGACCUUCUUAGUAACAGGAAAACAAAAUUCUGUGUUGGAUGCUCGAAGAAGGAUUUUAACAAAUUUCCAAACACAGGCAACUGUGAACAUUGCCAUACCGAAAGAACACCAUCGUUUCAUUCUGGGAAAGAACUAUUUAAAGUUGAGAGAUUUGGAGAAGAAUACAGCAACUAAGAUAUCUGUUCCAAAUAUGAAUGAUCCUUCUGACAGAAUUACUAUAACAGGAACAAAGGAAGGAAUUGAGAAAGCUGUGCAUGAAAUAAAGGUCACAUCUGAUGAGCAGUCAAAACAAGCAUAUGAACGCCUCAAUAUUCCGAAGAUAUAUCACCCAUUUAUAUGUGGUGCAAAUAACGAGCAUGUGAUUGCACUGAUGAAUGAAACAGGAGUGAGAAUAAACAUACCUCCUGUGUCAGUACAAAAGGAUGAAAUCACAAUAGCUGGUGAAAAGGAAGGUGUUACAGUUGCAAAAGACAAAAUCAUGAAUAUCUACCGUGAAAUGGAGAAAAAAUGUACUGUGGUGUCGGUAGAGGUUCAAAAGGCUAAGCAUAAAUACAUCAUAGGCACCCGUCGAACAGGUAUACAAGAAAUCCUCAGAGAAACUGGUGUUAGUGUGGAAAUGCCUCCUCAAGAUUCAAGUACAGGAACAAUUACGUUGAGAGGCCCACAUGAUCGGUUAGGUAAAGCCUUGACUAUGGUGUACGAUAAAGCAAAUAGCAUGGAAACUGAUGUGGUUGAAGCUCCAAAUUGGAUUCAUAAGUAUAUUAUUGGCCGCAAAGGGGCAAAUAUUAGAACAAUUACUCAGGAUUUGCCAAAGGUUCAUGUUGAAUUCACUGAUAAAGAGGACAAGAUAAAAAUUGAAGGACCCCCUGAAGAAGUGGAGAAAGCAAAACAGGAAUUGCAGAAGAUGGCAAAUGAUUUGAUCAAUAAACUAACAUAUACUCAAAUGACAGCUGACCCAAAAUUUGCGAAACACAUAAUUGGGAAAAAUGGUGUUAAUGUUAACAGAAUGAAGACGGACCUGAAUGUUCUUAUUAACAUUGGUGAGAGUGAUGGCAUUACCACUAUACACAUUGAAGGUAAUAAAGAAGGUGUACAAAAAGCUCAAGAGGAACUUAAAGAGAUGUUACAUAAACUUGAAAAUGAGAAAGAAAAAGAUAUCAUCAUCGAGCAUGGUUUCUUUCCAACAAUAAUUGGUGCUAAAGGUGAAAACAUACGUGAAAUAAGAGAAAAGUUUAAUCAGGUGCAAAUAACUUUCCCAGGACCAGGUGAAAAACGUGAUGUCGUUAAAAUAAGAGGUCCUCGGGAAGAUGUGGACAAAUGCCACAAACAUUUAAUGAAAGUUGUGAAAGAGCUGACUGAAGGUAGCUGCAUGCUUGAAGUGCCAAUUUUUAAACAGUUUCACAGAUUUGUUAUUGGCAAAGGAGGUGCAAACAUAAAAAAGAUUCGAGAUGAAACACAGACAAGAAUUGACCUUCCUUCUGAAGGAGAGAAAAGCGAUGUCAUAAGAAUAACUGGAAAGAAAGAGAAUGUUGAGGAAGCAAAAAGACGUAUACAAGAAAUACAGAAUGAACAGGCAAACAUAGUGACAGAAGAAAUUACUAUCCCUCCAAAAUUCUACAACUCCUUAAUUGGGGCAGGUGGAAAACUGAUACAUACAAUCAUGGAUGAGUGUGGUGGAGUCAAUAUAAAGUUCCCACCAGCUGAAAGUAACAGUGACAAGGUUACAGUACGGGGUCCAAAGGAUGAUGUUGAGAAAGCAUGUCAGCAACUCCGGGAACUGUUAAAUGAGCGGCAGCUCUCCAGCUACACAGCCGAAGUUCGUGCCAAACCACAACAUCAUAAAUUCCUCAUUGGCAAAAAUGGUGCAAAAAUUAAAAAGAUCAGGGAUACGACUGGUGCCCGUAUUGCAUUCCCUACUGAGGAUGAUCAAGACAAAGAAGCAAUAAUGAUUAUUGGACGAAAAGAGGCUGUGGAAAAAGCAAAGGCACUGCUUGAAGAAGAUAUUAAAGAAAUAGAUAAUACUGUGGAAAGUGAAAUGACUGUUGAUCCGAAACAUCACCGUCACUUUGUUAUGAGGCGAGGUGAAGUGCUUAAUAGGAUAUCGGAGGAAUUUGGGGAUGUAAAGAUAUCCUUCCCACGUCCUGGUGUAUCGAGUGACAGAGUCGUUCUAAAAGGAGCCAAGGAAUUCAUUGAAUUGGCAAAACAGCGCAUUCAGGAAAUUGUCACUGAUCUGGAAUCUAGAGUGACAAUUGAAUGUGUCAUACCUCAGAAACACCAUCGUACAGUCAUGGGUGCUAAAGGACGCAAGGUCCAGUAUAUUACAGCAGAGCAUGAUGUCCAGAUUAAGUUCCCAGACCGUGAUAACCAAGAGGAAUACAUCGGCUACAAUGGUCAGCAGAAUGGAGAAGUGGAGGAAACUCCAGUUCGUAAAUGUGAUGUCAUACUCAUAACAGGAAAAAAGGAAAACUGUGAAGCAGCAAAACAGGCUUUACUUGACUUGGUUCCUGUUACUAUUGAGGUGGACAUGCCCUUUGACUUCCAUCGAUCGAUCAUUGGAACCAAAGGCCGUGAUGUUCGUGAACUUAUGGACAGAUAUGAUGUACACAUCGUUCUUUCCCCAGCUGAUCAACAUUUAGACGUUAUAAAGAUUACUGGAACACCAGCAAAUGUUGAACAGGCAAAGAUAGCACUUGAAGAACGCCGUGAGGAGCUAGAAAAAGAAAAACAAGAUAAAAUGCUGAAGUCAUACGAAUUGAAGAUAGAAGUUGAUCCUGACUACCAUCCAAAGAUUAUAGGCCGAAAAGGUGCUGUUAUAAGUAAAAUUCGAUCUGAUCAUGAUGUACAGAUAAAUUUUCCAAAGAAAGGUGAUCCUGAGGAACAUAUAAUAACUAUCACUGGCUAUGAAAAGAAUGCCCAAGCAGCCAAAGAUGAUAUAAUGAAGAUCGUUAAUGAAUUGAAUGAUUUGGUGAAGGAAGAAGUGUGUAUAGACUCUAGGGUACAUUCAAGACUUAUUGGUGCACGUGGACGCAACAUUCGUAAAAUAAUGGAGCAGUUCAAGGUUGACAUAAAGUUUCCUCGAAGUACGGAUGCUGAACCAAAUAUUGUCACUGUUAUUGGCCAGGAAGACAAUGUUAUCGAUGCUCGGGACCACCUGUUGAACCUUGAAGAAGAAUAUUUGCAGGAUGUAGCUGAAAAUGAGCGUCCUGACAACCGUUCAAUUUUUGGACACGAUGCUGAAGGGAGCUCAUCUCAGGGAGGUAGCAAUCCGGGUUUUGUGGUCAAAGGAGCACCGUGGGAACAGAGAGCCCCAGAUACUGCUAGUACUUCAGAGUUCCCAUCUUUCGGUGGAGGUGGUGACAUCCCGCAAAGUGUAGCUCCUGCAGGAGCGUGGGGAGCGAGACGCUAGUACCCACUGCUUUCGUGGUACCUCCAAAUAUACUCACAUAUAUAUUCCUUUUUGGGGUGACUAUGAGGGUUGUUUAAUUAUUUACACAUUAACCUAAAAGAAUCAAGUAAUUGUGAUAAAAGCACUUGAAAACCACCACUUCCAAGUUAAAUUAAAAUUUUAAUACAUAUUGCUGGUAAGUAUACUGCAUUUUAAUAUAACACACAUAGACAGCUGUAUUAUGAAAAUGAUCAAUUUAUAUAUUCAUCGACUUGGAAGAUGGCACAGUUUUAAAACUAAUUGGGAGAUGUCCCUUGUGAUUUUGUGUAACCAAGUGUGGGAAAUGUCGGUUCUGUAUGUUGGCUCCCUUGUCCUUCACUGACUGCUGCAUUAACGACCUAGGCCUGCGUCUCUGGACUCCGACAAUUGGUAUUGCAGAUUGGAUGUUGUUUCAAAGGUCUUCCCCCAUCCUCCCUAUUAAAUAACACCAAUAAAAGUUGAUACGAAAGUUCAGAUAUAUUGCUCUGCAGAGGCAUGCUUGGCGUACUUUGGCCACAGGACUCUUAUUGGGGUCCCUGUUGGUUUGGAUUUCGGUUUUAGUGUUUGAAAUAAAAGGAUCGGUUUUAGUGGGAGAUGGGACAGGAAAGCUGGAUUUUUAUUACACAACUGUGAUUAUUAGUGCUGAUUAUAUCACUUUUGGAUACCUCAGCAUGCCCAGGGCAGACCUCAGACUGCCAAAGCAUUUUUUUUAAAUGAUAGAAAUAUAUAUUUUCUUGUGGAAGCAGGCAUGAAACAUACAACAAGGUGCCUUGAUUGCAGCCUCUUCUCAACUUUGUGUGAGUGCUUUUCUUAAUAGACAUUUUGUUUGAAAUGUGGGAAUUUAUAUACUUUUAUUUUAUGUCCCUCCUCAUUCUUUUUGCUGUUUACAAACGAAACUGCCUUAGCAUUGUAAUAUGGGUGAAGGAGGUUUAUAUAUAUAUACAAUAUACAUAUGUAUAUACACAUGUAUAUAUUGUGGAAAAGUGGAACAUGGUUUGUCAUACAUCUCACGUGUCUUCAUAUACAGAGAUAUCAUGUAUCAGAUGAAUAAGUGAAAUAAGAAUGUAUGACAUCUGUUACAGUCUAAACUCAAUUCUUAUUUACCAUCCUUGACCUACUUUUCUUUAUUGCAAAUGUACGUAUGUUUGUUUGAUUGUGUGUGUGUGUGUGUGUGUGUGUGUGUGUGUGUGUGUGUGUGUGUAUUCCAAACUAUCUGGUAUGCAAGGAAUGAGGUUUGAGCACCUCUGUCAUGUUCCUUUGGCAUGUAAGUCUGUUGCAUAGUUAUUGUUGUUGUUCUUUUUAUUAUUGUUAUUAUUAGUAGUAAUACAAUAGUUAUUUACACUUGUGGAAUGAAUUCUUAAGUGUGACUGGGAACCAUACCAUCCACAAUACUGAUGUGUUAAAUUGUGGUGCAAAACGGUACCACUAAACGGAGUGUAGUCAUUUUUCCACAAACCACUUCCUUUUUCCACACUAUAUGUUAUGAAAGAGAUUUAGACAUUUAUAAAUGUUGAGUUUAUAUUUACAAAGACAGUCUCUUGAACACCAUUAAGUGAUAUGAAUCGUGAGAUACAUUUGUACAAACAAAAAAAAAUUUGUAUUGCAUAGAAGUAUUGUACAACACAGUUCAAACCAUUAUUAUAGACUCCAACUCUGGUGCUAUGAACACAGCUGAACAUAAAUGACAAAAUUUGAAAUAAAAUUCUUAUGUUAAACUGAA